AUGUGUUUCAAAAUGGAAACGUGCCUGAAGCUCAAGGACAGCUAUUCCUUCAAGAAAUGGCCCAUUGCGUAUUCCUGGGAUGAGGACAGCAAAAGUAUCAACAGCAAGAAGGACAACAUCAGUCACAGGAGCUCCCUAUCGGAUGUGGAGACAGCGGCCCAGGAUGGAGAGGCCAAGAAGGUCAAAAUUAGCAUCCUCCACCAAAUGAAGCGGGCAUCCGGCACCUGGAUCAGGUACACCUUGGCACACUCCCUCGGUCGCUGGCUGCUAUACCCUGGUUCCAUCUGCCUCUUGAACAAAGUCCCGCUGAAGCUGCUGGUGAACGGGAGGACACGCCUGAUGGAGGACUUUCGCGGGAAGCGGGCCAAGCUGUUGGCGUGCGACGGGAACACGAUUGACACCAUGUUUGUGGACCGGCGUGGGGAGAACUCCGGGAAGCUGGGAACGCAGCUGGUGAUCAGCUGCGAAGGGAACGGCAGCUUUUACGAAGUGGGGUGCUUCAUCACCCCGUUGAAGGCGGGGUACUCUGUCCUGGGAUGGAACCACCCUGGUUUUGCCAGGAGCUCGGGCAAGCCGUAUCCCGAGAAUGACGUCAACGCCAUGGAGGUGGUCCUCCGGUACGCCAUGCACCGUCUGAAAUUUAGCCCAGAGGACAUUGCCAUCUACGGAUACUCCUUGGGGAGCUACACUGCGACGUGGGCGGCCAUGGCUUACCCAGAGUUGGGAGCCCUGGUCCUCGACGCUUCCUUCGAUAGCUUGCUCCCUUUGGUCGCCAAGAUGGUGACCAAGCGGGUGCGGAAGCUAGUCCUUCAGACUAUCAAAGAGAACUUCAAUCUCAAUGUGGCGGAUAUGCUGCGCCACUAUCAAGGGCCGGUGCUCCUCAUCAGGAGGACCUUUGAUGAAAUCACCACCACCCAGUACCACCUGGAGAGCCACCUUCCCAUGAUCCAGACCAAUCGAGCCAACGACCUACUCCUGCAGAUCUUAAAGUGCCGUUAUCCUAACAUCAUCUCCGGGGUGGAGGAGGUCGUCCAGCAAUGGCUCACUGCCGACUGCCCUCGCGUGGAACGCUUCAUCUACCACAAUUUCUACCGGGUGGAUGACAACUGGUGUCUCGAUCAACUGAAGACCUACCGCUCCAUCGUGGGGAGCCAGGAUGAAUUCCCCUGGAACGUCGGGAGCGACUUAGCGACUGCAAGGAAGAAGCACCUGGCUUUGUUCCUGGCCAAGAAACAUCUGAAGAAUGUGGAGAUCACGCACGGGAGAACGUUACCCCCGGACGAAUUUGAGCUGCCUUGGAAGCUCUAG